CCUGGCAUUUGGCAGAAGCUGGUCUCUGCCCCUUGCGAACUGUCCGGUGGUCGUCCGCUUCUGUGGCCUGCCCCCCUGCUCUACUCACCCCUGAUGCGGCCGGGCCCUCCGGAGGACCCAUCGGGGGCCAAGGUGUCCACCUCGAGGGAGAGCACGGCAGCCUUGAAGGCCUGGCUGGGCCAGCACCUGAAGAACCCCUACCCCAGCAAAGGGGAGAAGGUCCUCCUGGCCCUGGUCAGCAGGAUGAGCCUCACCCAGGUCUCCACCUGGUUCGCCAACGCCCGCCGGCGCCUCAAGAAGGAGAACCGGGCAUGCUGGGCCCCCCAGGUCAAGCAAGAGCACGGCCUGGCCUCCUUUGCUAGGUCCAGCAGCAUGGCUGACCCUCUGCCCCCCAAGCCCAAGAUUUGGCGUCUGGCUGAGUUUGCUACCGACCCCAGCCAGGGAGGCCUGCAGUCUGAAAGACCCCACAGGACCCCAUAA